AUGAGCUCGGGGGAGGCAGAGUUCUACGGCUGUGUGCGAGCGGCCAGCAGGGCCAUCGGCAUGCAGUCACUGUGCCAGGGCCUAGGCAGGGAAGUGAGCCUUCGCAUCUGGAGCGACUCGGCGGCUGCUCUUGGCAUCAUGCAGCGACGGGGCUGCGGCAAGGUCCGACACCUCGAGACGCCGACGAUGUGGGUGCAGAAGGCACUCAAGGAUGGACGGUUUGAACUGGUCAAGGUUCCCGGGAAGUCAAACCCGGCGGACUUGGGGACGAAGUUCCUCGACCAGGCGGCGAUGCUCCGAGCGCUGAAGAUGAUGAGUGUCGAGCUCUCGGACGCGCCUCUCUCGAGUUGGGCGGCGGCGCGCCGCGCCGAGGAGGCGGCGGCGGACCGCGCCGCGGCCGAGGCGGUGGGCAGCAUCAUGCCCGUUGCCGCGGGGCUGGUGCUGUUGCAUGGGAGCGACACUGACAGGCGGCGCCUCGGGCGAGGGGAGCUGCCGGGGCUGCUGGAGGACUGCAGGGCGGAGCAGGCGCCGCAGCGGAGGUGGACGACGUGGUGGACCUCGGUCGUCAAGAUGAAGCUGCGGCCGCCGCUGUACAUUAGGCUGGCAGAGCUCGCCGACUGGGCUGCCAGCGAGGAGGGCAAGGCCCGGCUCCCGAGGAACACCCCUCGCCGGUACGAGGUGUCCUACAGCUGGCUCGGCUGGCUUCUGACGCCCUGCCGGUGGGGGCUCGAGCGGCUAGGGCUGCGCCGCUGA